AUAUUUCGCAGUCGAACUGUUCCUUUCCCUGUGUUAACAUCUAAAAAAGUGCCUAAAAAAAGUACGACGUGAUUUGUGCUUCGCUUGCGUUUAAUUUUUGUUAUUAAAUUGUUGUGCGACUUGUUUUGAAAUCCUUUCAAACCUUUAAUUCUCGUUUAUAUAUUGAUAACCAAUCAACCUUGAAAAAUGGCCCCCAACAAAACCAAGAGAGUAACGAAUGGAUUUAUGACUUUCGUUCAAGAGUGGCGUCAGACAGACCCCGUGGGCCAGGGCAUGUCCUUGGCACAGGCGGUUGAACGUUGCGGUGACGUCUGGAAGGUAAUGACCCCAGAGGAACGCAGUCCCUAUGUCGAGAAGGCCAUGACCAUCAACCUAGAAACACGUAAAAAGCCCAGUCAAAUAGUCCAAAUGGAUUUAGCUCUACGCGAGGCUGAGGAACGCCUCGAAGAGAUGAAGCGAACCACUGAGAACAUGGUGCUGGAGGCCGUGGAGGCGAAUGGCCUGGAAAAUCGUCAUUUCGUUUUUAUAUCGCAUAAUUUCUUUACAACGACUGUAAGCGGUGAUUUGUAUGUACCGGCCGAGUUCUCGGCCUGCAAGUUUUCCCUGAAGCAGGGCAUUAUGUCCUGGUACACCACCCUGAUUAACCCGGGAAGCCUUGAUCUCGGCCAGGCCAGAGAUGCGCUACAUCACUCGACCACAACGCACGGGCUCCCGUUGCCUCCGAAUGCCUUGGGUGAACGUAAUAUGAAUAAGCUUUAUAAGAAUAUUCAUGAUUAUCUAACGAGGUGCAUAGGCUGCAAGCCACUUAUCGUAUUUACAAAUUCCGAAGACAUCGGAAGGGUGAAGGCAUCGUUAGAUGAUUUACGAGUGAAAAGCUGUCAUCGGGGUAAGGAAAUUGUAGUACUCGGCAUAGAGUACCUACUCUUCUGUUUGAAGAAACAGUUGCUCCUGAUCGCCGGGCAGCCGAUUGAUGAUAUUCAUGAAUUGUGUACCGAUUCCUACGUCAAAAAGGAUGUUUAUGAGUUUGAGUCCCACAUCUCUUGCAAGUUUCACGAGGACGUCGAUCGAACACAGUUCUGUAGUUUAUCCCGGGUUCAGCGUUGGGGACUUAUUACCAUGCAAGUAUGUGAUGUUUUAAACAUCCCCAAGAAGCCAGGCAAACAUAUUCCUGAUCCUGACCCUGACCCCAAGAAAGUCCAGAAGAAUACCUGUCUGGCUGGUUUUGGACGUGGACGUCCCAGAGCCCGGCUCUCUACAUUGGGUGAAGCUAAUCGUUGAAGAAUUAGCUCCUGAAGAGAUGACAGCGAAGAGGAAAGUCUUUCCACUACCUGAAACAUAAAACUAAAUAUCAAUAUCAGCAUCACAU